AUGGAAUCCACGGACGAGAGCACCCCCGAAUCGUCCAGCAUCGUGACGAAUACAACAACUUCGACCACCACCGACGGUACUCCUGGCAAUUACACACUUCGCGAACUAAUCUGCGACGUACCGCUGUCCACAGACGAGCAAGGCGUCAAAUCGCACAUCACAUGCGUUGAUGCCUGGAAUGGCAAUCUAUACAUUGGAACUUCCUCCGGCCAGAUCCUACACUAUGUUUCCAUCCCGCCAGAUCCAUCUGACGACAGCAGCCUGCCGAGCUAUAUAUUUGCGACGAAUAUCGAGCCGGCAUACAAGCAACAACAGGAGGGAGCAGACCAAGGGGUGAAGCAGAUACUCAUACUGCCCAACGCAGGCAAAGCAUGCAUUGUAUGCAAUAGUACGCUCACAUUCUACACGCUCCCAGAGUUGAGUCCUGCUUACGACGGCCGGAUUCAACAAGCUGGAUGCCUGUGGGUGGGAGGAUUGGACUUGAACGAAGAGGCGGAGGAAGGCUCACAGAAUGGAACAGUUGUGGUCAUCUGUUUACGGCAGAGACUAAGGUUGAUCCGCAUCGGAGAUGAGGCUUCGCCGAGAAAGAUUCGGGAUAUCGAGCUGGGAGGGGUAUCUGCGCUGCAGAGACGGAGCGAUCUGGCAUGCGUGGCGGAUGGGACAGUGUAUUCGUUACUGGACGUGGUCAAUCAGCGCAAGAAUGAGCUAUUCACCAUUUCAUCACUGAGUGAACCGGUGCCACUACCUCCCGAACUACCGCCAGGACGACCGCCUGCCAACCACCGGUCUUCAAGGAGCGUCUCUUCUCAGUCUCCCGCGCGACCAGGUCGAGGGCAUCAAAGAAAUGUCAGCCUGGGCAACCAGCUCCUUGAUAGUCAAGUCCAGCAGAAUUCUCAACAACGCGCGGGCAGUCCAUCUGCUUGGCCUGUACGGGGAUCGUCCAGAUUGGCAUCGCCUGCUGCGAUCUCUAGCCGAGAAAGCAGUCCAGCGAAGUCUGAGGAGCCUAUCGCGAGGCCGUCAAUGGACUCACAACCGCCAAGUGAAGCUGUAGCUCCACCUGCUCUUCUCCCAAAUAUUUUAUCUCCAACCUCGAACGAAUUUCUACUUACAACGGGCACCAGGGAGAAUGAGCCGGGUGUCGGCAUGUUUGUCAAUCUGGAAGGCGAUGUUGUUCGCGGCACGAUCGAGUUCACAAGCUAUCCUCAUUCUGUUGUUCUUGAUCGUCCGAGUCAGCAAUCACCGCAAUCCGCGAUGGGUGAUCCAUCGGAUCCUGGAUACGUUCUCGCUGUGGUUCGGAGGCAGGUGAAUACGUCAGUUGAAAGGUGUAUCGAGAUUCAGCAAUGGAACGCCGAUCCUGGCGAGGCACAGCGUACAAAGGAGUGGCUCGUGCUGGACACAAUAACAGAAGAUUCGCAGAGUGAUGGGUCAACGAGAUCUGCUGGACUUCGAAACGCCUCUACCUCCGCAGAAUUGGCCGCUGAAGGAGUUACCGGUACCCUUCGUCUGCGCCGGCUGAAACUCGGAAACCGAAAAGCAGAUGAAUCCGAGUCGAACCGAAAUAAAGAGGAAGAUGGACUAGCCGGCCGCUUUGCACAGACGCAGGCAAAUGUGCUUCUAUUCGCCGACGAUAAGGUCUCCUGGAUCGUCCGUACGCCACUUAUCGCACAGCUGAAUGGUCUUCUCGGCCAAGCAAUGCAGCAAGUCGACAAAAAGCUCACGAUCGAUGUAUCUGUUGUCCAACGUGUGUUCAACAGCAUGCGUGGUCAGGAACCUAGGGAUGAGUUGGAGUUUCUCACAUUGACAUACGCACGACAAAAGUCUGCGUUGCUACUAUUUGGAAACCUGGUUCUCCAGACAGCACAAGGCGUCACUGCGUACGAGCACGACAAGCGACGAGCGGAGGACGCUCUUACAUCGAGCGAUCUUGAUCCGAGGAUUGUUCUGACCUUGGUCACACCUUUCGACGAGGAGAUAGCAGAGGGCACAGAGGGCAUCUGGAUGCCGCAAGGCUUACGUGAUACCAUUGAAAUCCUCCGUGAUAGCUUUGAUGCCAGCAACAUCGUGCGCGAGUCAACGGGACCGUACGUUAACAAUCUGCUGAAUGUCGUCAAGCCAUAUCUGAUGCUAUGGCGCAAGAAGAAAGGUUUCGGGAGCGUGGCGGAUGAGGUACACGUCUUCAAAACCGUCGAUGCUGCUCUGUUGCAUCUCCUCCUGGUCCUCGAUCAGAACAGUCCCCGUGGACCCGCCAUUGCAGGGUCAGUGCGCGCCGAGCUGAAUGAUGUGGUCGACAAAGGCGUCGACUGUUUUGAUCGCGCAGUGGAGCUCUUCGAACAGUUCCAUCGGCUUUACGUUCUGAGUCGCCUGUACCAAAGCCGCAAGAUGGUAUCACAUGUCUUAGCCACCUGGAAGCGCAUCAUCGAAGGCGAACAAGACGCGGGCGGCGAGCUGGUUGAGGGAGAACAGCACCUCCGUCGAUAUCUUACCAAGAUAAGGGACCCAGCUCUUGUGCAAGAGUACGGAGCCUGGCUCGCGAAUCGAAACCCGAAAGUAGGCGUCCAAAUCUUCGCAGACGAAACCAGCCGGGUGAAAUUCCAGCCUACCGAAGCUGUCGCCAUUCUCAAAGAGAAAGCUCCCGGCGCAGUGAAAGACUAUCUCGAGCAUCUCGUCUUUGGCAAGAAUCACAUCCAGUAUGUCAACGACCUCAUCGCAUUCUACCUCGACACAGUCCUCGCCGAACUCGAAUCCUCCGCCACUUCUCGCAACAUACUCCUCGACUCUUACUCUACCUAUCGCGCCCUCCAACCACCAAAACCGACCUACCGCCAGUUCAUCACCGAUAACUCCCUCGCCGACGAGUGGUGGCACAACCGUCUUCGACUUCUUCAACUCCUCGAUGGCUCACACGGUGCCGCCACCGCUUACGACCUUCCCUCACUCACUGCACGUCUUGCUCCUUACAAAAACCUUCUCGUCCCAGAGUCCAUCAUUCUACACGCGCGAGAAGCAGAUCACGAUCCAGCCCUGCGUCUAUUGGUACAUGGCCUCGCUGACUAUGACACUGCAAUCCGCUACUGUUUGCUCGCCGGCUCUACCAUCUUCCAUCCAUCUUCGUCCCAUUCCUCAUCGUCGGCGCCUCUGCCGACCAAAGAGGAACAGUCUCACCUCUUCCAUCUACUUCUCGAAGAGUUCUUCAAGAUUCCGGACUUGGGCGAUCGUAUCGCCCGCUCUGCUGAACUGCUCGAUCGAUUCGGUGCGUGGUUUGACGUUGAGAUGGUGUUGGAUAAGCUACCGGAUGAUUGGGCCGUAGAUCUCGUGGAAGGCUUCUUGGUCGCGGCUUUGAGGGGACUGGUGACAGAGAGGAAUGAGUCUGCAGUGGAGAGGGCGUUGUGGAGUGCGAGACAUCUGAGAGUCAGCGCUGAAGGAGUGGAUAAGAGAGAUGAACAUGGUGGGUUUGUGUUGAUUGAGAAGACAGGACAUGACGAUGCGGGCGAUGCUGGCGAUAGAACCAUCGAUGUGGAGACCUGA